AUGAGGGUCACUGAUACUAGCCGAGACACUAGGCCUCCAAGAUGGCUGUCUUAUAGCCUGUAUAUUGAGGGUCAGAGACACAUUAUCUCCAUGAAGUCCAAGAGGAACUUAGUAUCCAAACAUCUUUCUGUGUUCACCUACACUGACCAAGGUGCUCUUCUUGAAGACCAGCCUUUUGUGCAGAAUGACUGCUACUAUCAUGGCUAUAUUGAUGAGGAUCCAGAAUCCAUGGUAGCUGUUACCACCUGCUUUGGGGGCCUUCUAGGAUCACUGCAAAUAAAUGGCAGAGCUUAUGAAAUAAAGCCCAAGAACUUUUCUUCUACAUUUGAACAUCUGAUUUAUAAGAUGGACAGUAGAGAGACAGAAUCAUUUCCCAUGGGAUGUGGCUUAACAGAAGAAGAAAUUACACAGCAACUAAAAGUUCAAGGUGAUGCUUUCACAUUGAGGCAGAGCAGCAGUCCUGGCUGGUGGACCAGCGGACUUAUAGUGGAAUUUACAAUAGUGGUAGACAAUCAUCGAUUUGUUUAUCGGGACAGGAACGUUUCACAAGUGCAUGAGGAUGUAAUCACUGUUCUAAAUGUAAUAAAUGCCCAUUUUUCUCCACUGGAAGUUGUGAUUGUUUUAAUGGCCCUUGAGAUAUGGAAUAAAGAAAAUCUUAUAGAUGUGGAAACAAAAUUGGCACCUCUUCUAAGAAGAUUUUGUACCUGGAAGAAACAGAACUUUGAUCAUCGUGUUCGUCAUGACGUUGGGCAUCUUUUUGUAAAUUACCCAUAUGGCAUAUCAACUGGCAUGGCCUAUGUUGGCGGUGUUUGUCACUCUGAUUUUAAUUGUGGCAUUGAGAGUUUCAGGGGUCCAUCAGCGACUACUUUUGCCCAGACAGUGUCACAUGAGUUGGGCCAUAAUUUGGGCAUGCUCCACGAUGAAAGUAAACAUACAUGUACAUGUGGUAGAAAAUCCUGCAUAAUGUAUCCAACGAAAGGUGACGGUGUGACAUUUAGCAACUGCAUCUUUGAUAGAUAUUUUCAAACAAGUUUCACAAAGGCCUGUUUGCAGGACUCCCCAAAUAAACAGGAUAUCGUGGCGUGGACGAAAUGCGGAAAUGGUGUGGUGGAAAAUGGAGAGGAGUGUGACUGUGGAACUCUCCAGUUGUGUUUAAAAGAUCCAUGUUGCCAAGAUAACUGUGCCCUGAAAGCCAAUGCUGACUGUGCUAGAGGGCUUUGCUGUCAAAAUUGUCACUUUUUGUCAUCAGGCACAGUGUGUAGAGCAAAACAGAAUGAAUGUGACCUUCCAGAGUGGUGCUAUGGAAAUUCAAGUAAAUGUCCUGACGAUGUGUACGUGUCUAAUGGUAGGCCCUGCCGUGGCGGUGGGCAUUGCUAUGGGAAGAAAUGUAUGAACAGUACAAUACAGUGUCAGCAGAUUUUUGACAAGGAAGCCAAGAAUGCCGCCAAAAGUUGCUAUUUGGAAAGGAAUACCCGGGGUGACCGUUUUGGCAACUGUGGGGUCAUUAAUAGAGGACAAUAUGUAAAAUGCAAUAUCUCAGAUAUCUUGUGUGGGCGAAUUCAAUGUGAAAACGUGAUGAGGAUUCCUCAUCUGAGAAGUCAUUACACGGUGCAUUCGAGUCACUACAAUGGGGUAACUUGCUGGAGCACAGACUACCAUUUGGGGAUAACCAGACCUGACAUUGGUGAUGUGGAGGAUGGCACAGGCUGUGCCCCUAACCAUAUGUGCAUGAACAGAAAAUGUGUCCAUAUUUCUGCGUUGAUAAGUCAUUGUUCACCAAAGACCUGCAGUUUGAAUGGGAUCUGCAACAACAGAGACCACUGCCAUUGCAACCCCGAGUGGAGCCCACCACACUGCAAGGCAAAGGGCAGGGGAGGGAGUGUUGACAGUGGCCCACCUCCCGCCUAUGCAAUGUGCGAGGAGUUUGCAAUACUAAGCACUGCUGUCAUUGUGAUGUCAAAUGAAGCCCACCAUACUGUCUACGAGGUGGCUUUGGAGAUAGUAUUGAAAGUGAUGCAUCUCUUAUAA